CUCAUUUAUCCUGACUUUCCAAACCCCGGUGCAUGUUGCGUUAACACCACCCAUAAAGGGAAAAACAAUAAGAGUAGAGAAACUGUUUGACAGAGAGACCAAGAGAUUGAGAGAGAGAUGGCAUCGGAGAAGGUGGUAGAGACGAUGAUAGUAGGGAAUUAUGUAGAGAUGGAAACUGAAGGGAAGCCUGAGGACUUGAAGUCAAAGAUUUAUGGGUUGUUUUGGCAUGGUGGCUCAGCUUAUGAUGCUUGGUUUAGCUGUGCUUCAAAUCAGGUGGCUCAAGUUCUACUCACACUACCAUACUCAUUUUCUCAGCUGGGGAUGCUCUCUGGCAUAAGCUUUCAGCUCCUCUAUGGUUUGAUGGGCAGCUGGACUGCCUAUCUCAUUAGCAUUCUCUAUGUAGAGUAUCGAACCAGGAAAGAGAGAGAGAAAGUUGAUUUCCGGAACCAUGUCAUUCAGUGGUUUGAAGUUCUUGAUGGUCUUCUUGGGAAACAUUGGAGGAACGUGGGUUUGGCAUUUAACUGCACAUUUCUUCUGUUUGGAUCUGUGAUUCAACUCAUAGCUUGUGCAAGCAAUAUAUAUUACAUUAAUGAUAAUCUGGACAAGAGGACUUGGACUUAUAUCUUCGGAGCUUGUUGUGCCACCACUGUCUUCAUUCCCUCGUUUCACAACUACCGAAUCUGGUCCUUUCUGGGGUUGAUAAUGACCACUUAUACAGCUUGGUACCUCACCAUUGCCUCUCUCCUCCAUGGACAGGUGGAAGGAGUUAAGCAUUCGGGUCCAACGAGGCUGGUACUAUACUUCACGGGAGCCACAAACAUUCUCUAUACAUUUGGGGGACAUGCUGUUACUGUAGAGAUAAUGCAUGCAAUGUGGAAGCCACAAAAGUUCAAGGCCAUAUACUUACUGGCUACACUGUACGUAUUGACAUUGACUCUUCCAUCAGCAACAGCAGUGUAUUGGGCAUUCGGGGACCUGCUUCUUAAUCACUCCAAUGCCUUUGCUCUCCUCCCAAGAUCACACUUCAGAGACAUGGCUGUCACCUUAAUGCUCAUCCACCAGUUUAUAACUUUUGGGUUCGCAUGCACACCAUUGUACUUUGUGUGGGAGAAGGCAAUAGGAAUGCAUGAGUGCAAGAGCUUGUGCAAGAGAGCAGCAGCCAGAUUGCCUGUGGUCAUUCCAAUCUGGUUUUUGGCAAUCAUCUUCCCUUUCUUUGGCCCCAUCAACUCCACCGUUGGAUCGCUUCUUGUCAGCUUCACCGUAUAUAUCAUCCCCGCCCUUGCUUACAUCUUCACCUUCAAAUCAGCCGCUGCUCGAGAGAACGCGGUGGAGCAACCGCCGAAGUUCCUAGGAAGGUGGGCAGGAGCGUACACGAUCAAUGUCUGUGUGGUAGUGUGGGUCUUGGUGGUUGGGUUCGGAUUUGGUGGGUGGGCAAGCAUGACCAAUUUCAUACACCAGAUUGACACAUUUGGACUAUUCACCAAGUGUUACCAAUGUCCUCCACAACUCCCAUCAUCACCACCACCGCACCUUUUUAACUCCACCACCGCCCCUCCUCUGUCAAACUUCACUCACCCCCACCACCUCCUCCACAAACCUUGAUCCAUCCACCCCAUAUUUGUCAACUAUUGAGCUUCACCAAGUCCUUACAACACCUACCAACCACCUCAAAAGUCAUUAUGAUCUCUCAAAACCCGUCUUUUGUCUCUCCAUUCAACCUUCGCAGACCAUAAAGAAAAAGGACAGAAAAAAAAAUACAAUUCCACUAGCAUCGGCAGGUCUUUGGCCAUCACAAAUUUGCGUCCCUACUAAAACACAUGCCCCACUUAUUGUCUCGGUCUCUUUUCUAAAAUGUUGUUUUAAGUUAGAACUCAGUUAUUUGCUUCAAAAAUGUAGUAGUAAGUAUAUGAAAAUUUGUACUUCGCCUAACAGAGCUUGUGCUUCCUUAAAUCAUUUCGGAUGUUCUCUCUCUCUCUCUCCC